UUUCGCCCUUUCCAUUUGCUAUACAUUGAUAAAGGAGAAGCCCCGACAUUUUAGCCUUCAAUCACCACUCACGGUUGAAGCAUGGCAUCACGGAGAUCAACACGCCUGGCUGCCAUGGGGAACCGCUGUCAACUCCCCGAAAGAGACAGACUACGGGUGAUCCGGAGCCGCCAGAAACGCCUACACCCACCUCAGUAGACCUCAUGGCCGAGGAAGCACAUACCCAAAAGCCCAAACCAGCAGCUGUCACCCGCCUGGCAGACCCUCGCCGCACCAACGCGCUGCUCCGCUCCCCCAAGACGUCACGCAUCAUCGCCCAAGCACCAGUCGAGGCAGUGCCCUCCACGCUGCGCAACGGCAUUGAACUCACCGGGCAGCCCACAACAACAACAACAGCCAAUAUCCUCGAGGAGGCCUGCGCGCACCUCAUCAAGGUCGAUCCGCGCAUGAAGCCGCUCAUCGCCAAGCACCACUGCCGCAUCUUCUCGCCCGAGGGUCUCGCCGAGCAGAUCGACCCUUUCGAGGCCCUCUGCAGUAGCAUCAUCUCGCAGCAAGUCAGCGGCGCAGCCGCCAAGUCAAUCAAGGCGCGCUUCAUCGCCCUUUUCAACACCCCCGGUCAGACCACCACUGAUGCCGCAGACGCGACAACCACACCACCCAUCUUCCCCUCCCCCGCCGCCGUAGCCCGCACCGCGCUCGAGACCCUCCGCACGGCGGGCCUCUCACAGCGCAAGGCCGAGUACCUGCAGGGCCUUGCCCAGAAAUUCUCUUCGGGCGAGCUCACCGCGCAGAUGCUCGCCGACGCGCCGUACGACGAGAUCUUGGAGAAACUCACGGCGGUGCGCGGGCUCGGGCGGUGGAGCGUCGAGAUGUUCGCGUGCUUUGCGCUCAAGCGCAUGGAUGUCUUCUCGACCGGCGACCUGGGCGUACAGAGAGGGAUGGCGGCUUUUGUGGGGCGCGACGUGGCCAGGCUAAAGGCCAAGGGGGGCGGCAAGUGGAAGUAUAUGACCGAAAAGGAGAUGGAGGAGAUUAGCGAGCGGUUUCGGCCGUUUCGGAGUGUGUUUAUGUGGUAUAUGUGGCGUGUUGAGGAAACGGAUGUGAGUACCAUGGAGUGAAGUGAGGUAUAGCUCGCUAUGAACUUUGUUCUCGUCGGGAACAAUCCCGCUGGUGCUGAAUUGUGCGUGUUGUGGCCGGUGGACGACGCCGUCUUGGAGUCGGCAUUCUGGCACUGCUUGUUGAAUCCUGCAACGCCCUUGAAGUUCAUUAUGAUACCGACUGCGUUUUUCUUCGGUAAGAACUGGCAUUGUAGUGAGUCUCUGGGGAAUCAGGACGGUGUCACCGGAGGGACGGGGUUGCUGUCGACCCGACCACUCUCCCGUUGCCGCUAUCCCAAUUUAAACCCAAAUUCAGAUUGUCUGGUUGGGGGCAGGCCAGCCAGCUUGUCCUUGGGUAUCGAAUUCUGAAGCCGAGAGAGUCCAGCGGGCCUUGCUAUUUCUUGAUCUAAAGCUGCA